AUGCCAGCUGACAUGAUGGAGAAAAACUCUUCUUCCCCUGUGGCUGCCACCCCAGCCAGCAUGACAUCUACUCCGGAUAAACCCAAAACUGCUUCUGAGCACAGAAAGUCAUCCAAACCCAUCAUGGAGAAAAGGAGAAGAGCCAGAAUUAAUGAGAGCCUGAGCCAACUGAAAACCCUCAUUCUGGAUGCCUUGAAGAAAGAUGUAAGUGUGCCUAGCCAUUCACUGCAUUGGACUGCACACACCCACACUACAUUGUCUACUGCACUGCAAUUCUUCAUUAUUAUUAUUACUUAUACAGCGAUUAUUACUUGUUAUUAUUAUUACUUGUUAUUAUUAUUCCUAAUACCACAAGACUUGCUCUGG